GGGAAAGGAAGUAUGACCCACUUUUGUCAUUUAGUUACUAAAGGCAUCCAUGGUGACACAUUGGCGAAUACUUCGAGCCAUGGCUGUUAGAAUGACUGGAUUUCUUUUUAUUUUCGGGAUUUCAUCUCUGUUUGGAUGCUCUCUGGCAGAUAACAACUGCCGGACUAUCCAAUUCGAGCCCGAGGUCGACGGAGCACUUUUACGACAUCAGCUCGUGAACGUAACAGUGGACACCGAUACUCAGUGUAUCCCGAAAUGCUUCAACCACCAAGAAUGCGUCUCGUACAACGUCGGCCCCUCGCCUGACAACUCUGACAAGUUCGUUUGCCAGUUAAACAAGUUUGACCGGCUCCAGAAACCAGACGACUUCAAACCUGAUAUGGAAGGCUUUCGAUAUGCAGACUUGAAAGAGAAUCGAUGUCGCGAGAAUCCGUGCAACUUCACGUGCCUGGCUGGGUUUGGUGACAAGAAGUAUAAGUGCGCAUGUCCGGCAGGGAUGACAGGAGAAGAUUGCAUGACAGACAUCGACGAAUGCCAGACCGGGCAAAUUACGUGUCCAGCGCUGAAAACGUGCGAGAACACAAUGGGUUCCUAUUGGUGCGCUUGUCAACCUGGUUACCAAGCGGAUGGCGAUGGCUGCAAAGAUUUUGACGAGUGCGCGGAGAAUAAGCACAACUGUGAUGCAGUAGCGGGAACGUGCGCGAAUACCAUCGGGAACUUCACGUGCUCCUGCAAGAAUGGAUUCGUUGGAGACGGCGUAACUUGCACAGGGUCCGGGGCUACAAGUGACCAACCAGGUAGAUCGUGCAAAGCCAUCAUAGAUGCAUUCAGUGCAGUGACAUCCGGCAAUUUCUACAUUAAGCCUGAUUGGUCGGGUGCAACGCCAGCAUUCCAAGCCUACUGCGACAUGGAGACGGACGGGGGGGGCUGGACGCUAGUGUGGAGCUAUUCGUUCACGCACCCUAACGCCUUCACUCAGAUCCAUAACACGAUAACGGUACACCCCACCAGCAUGCGAGGGGCCAAUCCCUCCACGACCACACCCUCCUCUGAGGCUGUUGACGGAGCAAUGGACCCUUCCUUUUGGGAUGCGAUAGGGACCGAGUUUCUUCUCAAGUCGAAUAUCAACAACUGGAUCGCGUGCAUCCCCCGUAACGCUGCCGUCGGUGCGACCUGGAGCGCAGGAGACGUAAGUUGCAGGGUCGUCGAAGCAAAAAGUACCACAUGUCCGAGUGUAGUGCCAGAUACGUUAUUUAAAGACAAGUAUUGCGGGUUUGGGUUGAGUAAGACUGGAAGUAAAACAUGUGUGUACUGGAAUCUUUGUGAUUCUUCGGGAGUCCCUGUUCACGAUCCUUGUUGCCUCGAUCAACCAGCGGUAGCCAUGAUUACCAGCAUUCUUGCGGCUUCGAAAACCCCGAGAGGCAAUUUUUACUUGCGCUAAGCAGUGUUAAGAUACGCGUGAUAAGGCUACACUCCGAGAAUGGAUGUGGCGUAACCCACGGCGGAUACCAAGCGAAUGAGAGCAGGGGCGGAUCUAGCCUUACGCUAAA